AUGCCAACUUUCCAACUGCACUCCUUACAAUCAUCUUCGUCUGCCUCUUUCUCUGUUGGUCCCGCUCGAGGAUACAAGAAGUUGCUGCGGGGCAAAGGUCAUACAGGGCAGUGUCAGAGUGGUCUCGAAGAUGGGACCAUGGCACCGAGAACCUUUUAUUAUGUAGGAAACAAUACCACUUCAAAUACUGCUACUAAUACUACAACAGCAUUGAGAGAUGAAUGGAUGACUGACCUUGCAUUGGAUUCUUCCGUGGUGGAGAUUCCCAAAGGUACCUUUUCGGGCCUUCGCAAGUUGGCCCAGGUGACGACGACGACGACGACUCUUUGUGCGAAAGACUCUGGUUGUUCUGACACUAUAACCGGCAAUGUAGUCAAAAAUAAUGAAAGGGGUCAACUGAAAGUAAUUGGUGCAGAGGCCUUUUGGGAUUGUCCUCAUUUGAAGCAUGUGAGCUUUCCCCAUGGCCUGGAACGCAUUGAAGCCUGGGCCUUUGGAAAUUGUCCCAAACUUCAUCCUCCCAAACUCCCCGAUAAUACUCUGAUUUAUGUGGGCCCAUUUGCCUUUUGCGGAUGCAACUUUCGGCACUUGAGGAUACCAAUGUCCAUCACUCGUCUUUCAAACCGAAUGUUGGAAUGUUGUACCAAGCUGUAUUCGAUUGAAGUUCCGCCAACCUUGAUCAUGAGCCGAAACGACACUGCCUUUUAUGGAUGCGAGCGAUUGCGCAAUCUAGUCUUUCCCAAUUUGAUAGAGGAAGCGACGGAGGAUGAUGGACUACCGUCUCUGCUUCCAUGGUGUCAUGGCUGUGAUGAUUUGAUACAAGUUGUUCCGGAUCCCAAUGAAUUGACUACCGCCUUGGUGCAUCGAUUUGAUGGACUACCUCUUCACCGCCUCUGUUACUAUCAAUCCUACUAUGAUAAAGACGAUACCGGACAGGAUUUGAUCACAAAUCUGAAGAAAGAGUGGGAUAGAGCUUCAUUGUUGACAUCAAAGCAAUCAUCGGAUCUGUCUUCAGUGGUCACAGGAGGGCCGUCGCCUCCUAGACACAGUACGUGCCAAGAUUUUCUAGGAAUGACGCCUCUGCAUAUCCUAGCCCUUUCCACUUCAAUCCAGCUAGACUCGAUGAAGGCCAUGAUUGAGUUGGAUCCCAUUCAACUGGUGACUGAAGAUUUCUGGGGAUUUCUGCCCAUCUACUAUGCAUGCGAGAGCUGUCAUGACAACUCAACCAGCAGUGACGACUCUAUAGGUAUCAUGAUGAUUCGUCUGUUACUCCAGCACCAUGUGACUAAAUUCCCGGGCACCAAGCUAGAUUGGACCAAGCUGGUAACGGCAACAGGGCAUUACAAGUUGGCCAAACUAUUACUUUCCGAGGCUAGUUUCAUUUUGGACAAUGUUCCAACUAGACUAGUUUAG